AACAAACACAAACGUUAACAACAACUCUGUUAUUCGCCGCACUGUCUUUUUCCCCGUAUAGCUGCUCCUCUCUCUCAAAACUGCAAAACCCCUUCUUAAUUCUCCAUUUAGCAUCACACAAACCUCUCAAAACAAUAAAAAGGGUAUAAAAAAAAAACAGUUUUUGAAGAAAACCCAGGUGCUGAAAUUGAAAUUGGAAGGGAUAUAUGGAGAGCAGCAAAGGGAAAGAUAGCAACGAGCGUUUUCCUCUUUCUGGGGUGGUGGCAGAUUGUGUGAAGCGUUGGUUUAAAGAUACUUUAAGGGAGGCUAAAGCUGGUGAUGUUAAUAUGCAGAUUUUGGUUGGUCAGAUGUAUUAUAGUGGCUAUGGUAUUCCUAAAGAUGCUCAAAAGGGAAAACUUUGGCUAACGAAAGCAUCGAGGCUUAGAUCUCAAGUUUGGAAAGUUGGAGAUAAGCGUCCAGGUUAUAAUGCAAGUGAUUCUGACUCUGAUGAAUCAAAUGAGGAUUCUUAACAAGACUAAAUUUGGUUCGGCCCCUAAAUUAUGAAAGGUGUAUGCAUUGCACGACAACAUGCUUCUUCAUAGCCACCAUAUGGAUGUUGUUCUAUUUAUACAUUUGCUUUGUGAUCAAUUGUAUGGUUUACCACACCAUUUUUUUUUAUCAAUCAAGGAAAAAGAAAAGUUAUCUUAUUUGAUUCUGAGCAAACAUUGUUGGUUGGUAAUUUAAGGGUUCUUUCUCACUUUCCUUGACAUGGCACCAUAUCAUGAAAAUAGAAUAGAGAUUGAGUCUAGCUUUAUA